UGACAUCCAACAUUUGCCCGUCUAUGAAAAGGUGCCUGCUCUCGCAAAUUGACCUUAUAUUCGAGGCACUCUCUGUGCAUUAUUCCGAGUUAGGACUGUCAUCAGACGACGUGGCCGAACGGACUGGCAAUGUAGUGCUUUUGAUCAGCAAUGUUUUUGAAGUUGGAAUGCAAUGCCUCGAAAGUCACCAAGUGAUACAAUUUUUCGACUUGUGGAAGCUCGAUGACCUGCUAGUGAAAUUGAUAAGUGAGACUGCACAGCUUUGAUGAGGCCUUCCCUAUCAGCAGGGCAGAUCGCAGAUUUCAACCCUUUCUAUGUGGUGACCAUAUCUUGGAUUGUACAGAACUUCAAUAAUUGUUCGAGAAAUCGGUGCUGUAAAAAAUUCAUUUUCUGUACUUUUCCCUGUAUGAUGCGUUGUUACUUUCAGUUGAAAUAGUAGCAUCUUGAUGAUAAAUAGGCAAGUUAUCUUACAUUAGAGUUGCGGUAUAUGUAGG